GGCGUUGCCUGCCUUUCAUUUCAUCAUCUUUUUCUACCGUCGUAUGUAAGAGGAGUAGCACGUGCUGAUAUCGUAACCUUUACACAAAAGAAAUGAUGAGUUUAGUCAGGAAGUCGUGUUUAAACGUGUUAAAUGCACACAGGAACGUCAAUUUAAACAGAAAUCUCUCCCUUUACGAAAAGACUAACAGUUUUGCAAAAUAUGGAAAGAAUGUAUUACAGAAAAGAUACAAAUCUGACACAGUUAAAGGAACUGUUAUCGGAAUCGAUCUUGGCACCACAAACUCUUGUGUUGCAGUCAUGGAGGGAAAGACCGCCAAGGUGAUUGAGAACACAGAAGGAUCUAGAACGACGCCCUCCGUUGUUGCCUUCACACAGGACAAUGAGAGACUUGUUGGUAUGCCUGCCAAAAGACAGGCCAUCACCAAUGCUUCCAAUACAUUUUCUGCCACAAAACGACUCAUCGGUAGAAGAUUUGACGAUCCUCAACUUCAGAAAGAUUUAAAAUCUUUUUCAUAUAAAGUAGUUAAAGCUUCAAAUGGCGAUGCUUGGAUAGAAGCACAUGGAAAGAUGUAUUCUCCCAGUCAGAUUGGAGCAUUUAUUUUAAUGAAGAUGAAAGAAACUGCAGAGGCUUACAUUGGUCAUCCUGUAAAAAAUGCCGUAAUUACAGUUCCUGCAUAUUUUAAUGAUUCUCAAAGACAAGCCACCAAAGAUGCCGGUCAGAUUGCAGGAUUAAAUGUCUUGAGAGUGAUCAACGAGCCCACGGCUGCAGCACUUGCUUACGGAAUGGACAAAACAGAUGAUAAGGUAAUUGCAGUAUAUGAUCUUGGUGGAGGAACUUUUGAUAUCUCCGUUCUUGAAAUUCAGAAGGGUGUCUUUGAAGUCAAGUCUACGAAUGGAGAUACGUUUUUGGGUGGUGAAGAUUUUGAUAAUUAUCUUGUAAACUUCUUAGUUAAAGAAUUCAAGAGAGAUCAAGGUAUUGAUUUGACAAAAGACAAUAUGGCAAUGCAACGUCUGAAAGAAGCUGCUGAAAAGGCAAAAAUUGAAUUGUCUUCUUCUCUCCAAACUGAUAUAAAUUUGCCAUAUCUCACAAUGGAUUCUUCUGGACCAAAACACAUGAAUAUAAAACUUUCCAGGUCAAAGUUUGAAAGUCUGGUACAGGACAUCAUUAAAAAGACUGUUGAGCCUUGUAAAAAAGCCAUGAGUGAUGCCGAAGUUAAGCAGAGUGACAUAGGAGACGUAAUUCUUGUUGGUGGAAUGACAAGAAUGCCAAAAGUUCAGGAAGUUGUUCAAGAAAUAUUUGGUAAAAUGCCAAGUAAAGCUGUAAAUCCUGAUGAAGCAGUAGCAGUUGGUGCAGCUAUUCAGGGAGGAGUUUUAGCAGGAGAUGUUACAGAUGUUCUCUUGUUAGAUGUAACACCAUUGUCUUUAGGUAUAGAAACACUAGGAGGAGUAUUUACAAAGUUAAUAAAUCGUAACACAACUAUUCCUACUAAAAAGAGCCAGGUGUUUUCCACUGCAGCCGAUGGCCAGACCCAAGUAGAAAUUAAAGUCUGUCAAGGAGAAAGAGAGAUGGCUGCCGAUAAUAAAUUACUGGGACAGUUUUCAUUGGUUGGCAUACCUCCCGCACCCAGGGGAGUUCCACAGAUUGAAGUCUCCUUUGACAUCGAUGCUAACGGAAUCGUUCACGUGUCUGCAAGAGAUAGAGGAACCGGAAAAGAACAACAAAUCGUUAUUCAAUCAUCGGGAGGAUUAAGUAAAGACGAGAUAGAAAAUAUGGUUAAAAAUGCGGAGAUGUUUGCAGAACAGGAUAAGAAGAAAAAGGAAAUGGUCGAAAUCAUCAACCAAGCAGAAAGCAUCAUCCACGAUACGGAAAGCAAAAUGGAAGAAUUCAAGAGCCAGCUUCCUGCCGAAGAGUGUGAGAAGUUAAAGGAACAAAUAGCCAAAUUGAGAGAGAAAAUAGCUAAUCAAGCAAACGAAAGUAUGGAAGAUAUCAGAAAUGCCAAACAGGAACUUCAACAGGCGUCACUUAAACUCUUCGAAAUGGCCUACAAAAAGAUGGCAUCGGAACGAGAAUCGACGUCGUCGUCUGAACAAACAUCUUCCAGCGAAUCGACAGAAGAACCCGAAAAAGCCAAGAAGGAAGAUAAGAAUUAAAGAGAAAAAUGAAAUUGUAGAGUAACAGUAAUAAAAACUAGAGUCAUAAAUUGUUUAUUCUUUCAUUAUUGUCGGUUCAGACUUUUACUUUUCAGGACCUAUCAUGCUGUAAACAUAAUCAUUGGAUGCCUCCUCAUUUGUAGUUAUGUAAAAUUUUAUUCUCUUGUUUUCAGUUUAUAGUUCGUUUGUUCCGAUGGAAGCACAUUCCACAAUUGCCAUUGUAUUUAUAUUUAAUAAAAUAAAGAGAAAAUUUGAAA